AUGGGUUUGAGACCUUAUCAAAAUUCGAGAAAUCUGUUGUUUCAAGUGUGUAUAAUAACUAUUUAUUUAUUUCCAGGAAUAGCACACCAAAAUUAUUAUAAUCAUGGUUUUUUUGUUGCGGAUUCAUUUAAAUUAAUGUCAAGUAUAAGUGCUUUGAUUAAGAAUUACAAAGUUCCUCUAGCAACAACUAUCAAAGUACUGCAAUAUAUGUUCGCAGCUAUAUGUUUUCUUUAUACUUACAUUAUCUUCAACCUGUAUUUUCUUGCAACAAUAACUCCCUGCCUUUUAAGUAUUUUUUCAUAUCAAUUUGGUACAUUGGAAAAUGUUAAUUUAACUUUACCUAUUCCUAUUAAUAAUGUUUUAAACCUUGGGCCGAUAUAUUACAGUUUACUUAUUUACCAAACAACAGAAAUCUAUAUAUCAAUAUCUGUAGCAAUUAUUUGUUUUUCAACAUAUUUGGUAUUCAUAAAUCACGCGUGUUGUCAAUUAAGUGUUAUAAGAUUCAAAAUUGGCCAUCCUUUUAAGGGACGCCAGAAGUUUAUUCAAAUUAGGAAUGAUUUUGAUUGGAUAGUCGACGUAAUAAAGCGUCAUGAAAGGAUCAUGGGAUACGUUGAUUUUCUCAACUCCUGUACAAAGAGAAUUUACUUAAUCGAAAUUUUCUUUAUUAUGCUCUUCAUUAUAUUGGAUUUUUUGUAUAUAUUUCAAGUUUCAUCGACGCUUAUUAAUCAUAGCGUAGAAGCUCGCGAUGAAUUGUGUAAAAUACCAUUCUAUAUUCUUUCAAUUAGAGUUCAAAAAUUAUUGUUAUUUUUGAUAUUGAGAUGGUCGAAGCCAUGCGUGCUUUCAAUCGGAGGUAUGUUCGUUAUGUCACAUAAAGCAUUCGCUGGGAAACGUUGUUUAGACGUGAAUAAAAUCGAUUGACUUCACUGACGAUUACCUCAUAACACAUUGCGUGCUGUUUUUAUCGUGCAUCCUACACAACGAUCGAAAACUGACUACGAAGGUUUACGAUCAAUAUACUCC